AGCUGGUUGCAUUUACUACACUGAGCCUGCUGCAGGGGACAACAAAGCUGAUUUGACAUGAUGCUCACUGCACCUGGCGCUGGAAUUAUCAUAUUAUUUGCUUGGCUCUCUCCAAGUUAUGCUCUCUAUUUUCACAUUGGAGAGACGGAGAAAAAAUGCUUUAUAGAGGAAAUUCCAGAUGAGACUAUGGUUAUUGGGACAUACAGGACCCAGCUGUGGGACAAGCAGAUGGGAUCCUUCCUCCAAACUACCCCUGGCCUUGGAAUGCAUGUGGAGAUCAAAGAUCCGGAUACUAAGAUAAUUCUGUCUCGUCAGUAUGGGUCAGAUGGACGGUUCACCUUUACUUCCCAUACACCAGGCGAGCACCAGAUCUGCCUGCACUCCAACUCCACCAAGAUGGCCCUUUUCGCUGGCGGCAAACUGAGAGUCCACCUGGAUAUUCAGGUUGGUGAACAUACCAACAACUACCCCGAAAUCGCAGCAAAAGACAAGCUCACAGAGCUGCAAUUGAGAGCUCGACAAUUACUGGACCAAGUAGAACAAAUCCAGAAAGAGCAGAACUAUCAGCAGUAUCGUGAGGAGCGGUUCCGCAUGACGAGUGAGAGCACCAAUCAGCAUGUGCUUUGGUGGUCUAUAGCUCAGACACUUAUCCUCAUCUUCACUGGCAUCUGGCAGCUCAAGCACCUCAAGAGCUUCUUUGAGGCCAAGAAGUUGGUGUAAUGCUCACAGGACAUCACUGAUUGAGUUCAAGACAGGAGUGACAACCAUACAGAGCUGACUGGCAGAGAGACGCUUCAACCCGGGAAGCAAAUGACUUCAUCCAGUGUGUUAUGUAUUGUCCAUUAUUAAUUAUUCCGUGACUUAACUUAUUGUGAUCAGUAAGCAAACACCUGUGUCCAUUUCCUUGUUUUUUUCCCCCCUACUUUUG